CUUCCCAUCAAGUUCCUUAUUAUCCACAGCAUCGACACACGACCACCAACACAGUCCCAUCAGCUCACUUGACACUCACCAUGCCCUCGGCCGUCAACGAGAAGCAAAGGCACAACGGCCACCCCCACCACAAUGGCCAUCAUCACAAUGGUCACGCUUCUCACGAGCGGCCGUCCCUCGCCCUUGUCCCCGCAUCAGGGUCAGUUUCCCCACACCACCGCUCGAACGCGAGUGCUCUCCUCUCCCUCUCGCAAGACGUGACGGCGCUCGUUUCGCUGUCGAUCGAGACAGCCGCUUCUCUAGUCAAUGACUAUGCGCGCUCCGCCCUCGCCACCAUCGGCCUUGGAGAGCGUCCUCCCACCCGCGGCCCGGGACUUGCAGUGGUCGUAGUCGGCGCAGCGGAACUUUCAGGCCAGAGUCUCACCCUCCGCCUCGCCAAGAGCGGCUACACCGUCUUUCCUUUCGUGCCCAUAGCUGCGGCGCCUAGUGCGGGCACUGCGCCGGUCUCGGCCCCGCUGUCGGCUCUACUGCUUGCUUGGUCGGGCGUGCAAAAGCGUCUGCGCGCGCGGGACCCCGGGCACACGGGCGCAGUAGUACCCGUUGUUAUCGACGACAGCGGCGAUGCUUAUCUCUCCGCCCAAACGUACCCACACUCUGCAUUCCCGCCCUCGCCACCCAAGCGCGGCGGGCGUUUUGCCCAUGCAGGCGACACGGUCCGGCACUAUUGUCGCGAGAACGGUCUCACGCUUGUUGCCAUCGUAUGCGCCGCGCCCACAACCAGUCUUCCAUCAAAGGACGACCUCCCUUCGCCUCUGCCGUUGUCACCCGCUCGUCGUCCUCACCCUCUCAUUCCGGGUGUUACUGAUGCGGGCUUGGCACACGCAGAUGAAGAUGCCCUCAUGGCGUUAUACCGCACACAGGUCAUCGAGCCCAUCUCUGUCAUCCGUGCGCUUGGCGACAUGCUCGCUGCGCCUCGGGGCGUGAAUAGAGUUCGCGGGCGCGUCCUCUUCGUCGAGUCGACGAGCAUAAUAGACGAGUCGGAACCUGGAGACGUCUUCAGCGGCCAGUCGAGCCCGAUGCGUAUGAUUGCGGCCGCGCGUGCCGAAACAGCUCGUCUGCUUAGAGCCGAACUUGGUUCGGCCGGCAUUGACGUAUGCGAGAUUGCAGUUGGACCCAUGGCGCCCCGCCUUCCUCUGCCUCUGCGCUCGUCCUCUGGCGACAGCGACACGGACCGCGCACUCGCAGCGGCAGCUGACCUGCCGACGCAGCCGGCCAGCGAUGACGCGAUUUCGCUGCGCCUACGUGUCCUGGCGCGCAUCUUUGCGGUCGACGACGCGCUCGUGUACUCGUGCGUCCGCCGCGCCAUCGAGGACCGAUACCCCCGCGCGCGGCACCACGCGGGGCUCACACCGUUAAUCACCUCCAUUGUCAAUGCGACGCCGGGCGCCGGGGUUGUUCGCUUCCUGGGGCGCUGGGUGCUUGGCCAGCUCUUUUCGCCGCGUCGGCGGGCGUAGCAGAGUCGACGUGAGCGCCCUAUGCGCAUGGAGGGCAGGAGCCGCCUUGUCAACAUCGUGUUUUGCUAUCUGCGCUUCGCCAUAUCGUGCUUCGCCGCUGCCGCUGCCACUGCCUUGAUCCAGUCUGUUAUCGUGUGAAAAUGCUUGCGCUCAAGCUCUCGACCACCCGCCGAACACGACGAGAUAU